AUGGUCGUUUUGCUCUGUGCCAGCUGCUCUCUGCCUGGUUUUAUUUGCAUUUUUGCCCUCCACCUUCAACAACUGCAGUCAGCUCCUUUCAGGGUAACAGUACCAGUGAAAUCYGUGGCAGCCGCCGUGGGGCAGGAUGUGGUUCUGCCCUGCCGCCUKGCACCAGAGCAGAGCGCUCGGACAAUGGAGGUGACAUGGUUUCGGGAACACUUCUUACCUUUCGUGCACCGCUACAAGGCGGGAAUGGACCAGCAUGUUGAGCAAAUGUCGCAGUACCAAGGACGGACUGAGCUACUGCAGGAUGGCCUUGACAWUGGCAGAGUGGACUUGAAGAUCUUCAGCAUCCAACUGUCCGACGAAGGGAAUUACACCUGCUUUGUUCAUGCCAAUUUAGGCUAUGAGGAGGCUGUCCUGGAGCUGAAGGUGACAGCUGCCGGCUCAGCACCGCUCAUCUUGCUAGAGAGCUAUGAGUCCAGUGGUGUCCGAGUGGCGUGCCGGGGGACCGGCUGGUACCCSCAACCUCAGGUGCAGUGGACAGAUAACCAGGGUCAGCUGCUGCCCUCCACCUCCGAAAAGGUCACUCAGAAUGCGAAUGGCCUCUUCGAGGCCGAGAGCACUGUGGUCCUCAGCCAGGCUGCAAACCGGCAGCUCUCCUGUUCCAUCCGGGACACUCUGCACCAUCACGAGAAGYGCUCCACUUUUUCUAUGGCAGGUUCAUUUUUCCAAAAUUCCCAUCCAUGGAAGAUUGCCUUAAGUUUGGUCACGGUCGCUGUGGUUGCACUCUCUAUUGCCACCAUUUUUCUAUUUAAAAUUAAAGGAAAGCAUGAGGAAAAAAUAGUGAUGCAGGCAGCGAUGCUGAAGAGCCGUGAUGCAGAGAUUGAGGAACAAGCUGCAGAAUUGGCAUGGAGAAGAUACACAGUGCCUAUAGAAGAGGUGAACGUGAUUCUGGAUCCRGACACAGCCCAUUGUGACCUUGUCCUGUCUGAUGACCGCAAAAGUGUGAAACGAGAAGACAUGCCGCAGAACSUCCCUGACAUCCCUGAGAGGUUUAUGCCAUGGCGCUGCGUGCUGGGCCGUGAAGGCUUCACUUCAGGGAGACAUUACUGGGAGGUGGAGGUGGUGGAUGGUGGAGGAUGGACGGUGGGGGUUUCUAGAGAAGAUGUGAGAAGGAAGGGUGAUAUUGAGUUUAAACCAGAGGAGGGCAUCUGGGCAGUGGGGAAGUGGGCAGGUCACUUCCAAGCUCUGACCUCCCCUCAACACACUUUCUUUUCUGAAAUCCAGAGUCCCAAGCGGAUCCRGGUGUCCCUGGAUUACGAAGAGGGACGGGUGGCAUUUUUCAGUGUUGAUGAGAAGACUCCAGUCUUCACAUUUCCACUCRUGUCAUUCAAUGGGAUAAAAAUCUACCCGUGGGUCUGGUUAGGUCCUGGGACAUGGCUCAAAAUGUGCCCCUGACAAAGAAAACCUAUUUUUKGAAUGACAUCUUAGUACCUCAAAGACUCAUAGGAAGAUUUAGUUUGGAGGGGGCUUGUGGCGGUCUCUGCUGCCACCUCCUGUUCGGACCAGGGCUAACUUCAAGGUGAGGCUGACUUUUCACARUCUUCAACGGUGGAGAUUCCACUGCCUUUCUGGAACUCUGUCAGAGUUUGCACUUUCAGGGAAGAAAAUUGCUCCCCAAUGCUUGGUCAAAAUUUCCUUGGUUAUAACUGUUGCCUUUCACCCCRUGUUUUACUGCG